CGCAAUCCGAUCCAGCCGCCGCCGCCGCCGCCAAACCCUCCUGCCCACGUCGCCGGAGAGAAGGAGGGGAAGAUGGCCGGGUGGAAGGGCCAGAGGAAGAAGGCCGUGACGCGAUCCGUCAAGGCCGGGCUCCAGUUCCCGGUCGGCCGCAUCGGGCGCUACCUCAAGCAGGGCCGCUAUGCGCAGCGCAUCGGGAAGGGCGCCCCCGUCUAUCUCGCCGCCGUCCUCGAGUACCUCGCCGCCGAGGUCCUGGAGCUGGCCGGCAACGCGGCCGUGGAUAACAAGAAGACGCGCAUCACCCCUCGCCACCUGCUGCUCGCGAUCCGCAACGACGAGGAGAUCGGCAAGCUGCUCGCCGGCGUCACCAUCGCCCACGGCGGCGUGCUGCCCAACAUCAACCCCGUGCUGCUCCCGAAGAAGACCGCCGAGAAGGCUGACAAGGAUUCCAAGCCGACCAAGAAGUGGAAGGACGCCCCCAAGUCCACAAAGAAGUCUGCCGAGGAGACCACCGCCGCCGAGGAGACCGCCGCUGCCGAUGAGGAGUAGCUAGCACACGCUGCAUUGGAUCAGAGGGAGCCUGUCGUGUUGCCGAGUUGCGUCCUGUAUGUAAUGGUUCAUGGUUGUCGUUGUCGGUAGUAUCGCUUAUCGAUCCGGGGUUCUUGCUGAACGGAAUCUGAAAGCUGAACUGUUUCGCCUUCCAUUAAGUCUUUACCAUGUCAAUUUGAUCCGUCCGCAUUGUGCUCA